AUGCUGCAAACAGUCAAAUCUGAACCUUGUCGCUCUUCUUUCCUUGCGAGCAGGAAGCACACCAGCAGCGUGCGUUGCGUGAUUCUACUGUGUUUUUUGCACUUGACUGAGUGGACAGUUGACCGGAAGAGAACUUCGAUUCGCCCGGCCAGCAGGCGGGCUAAGCGAGUGGCUCUUCUAGGCGGGCAGCUGUGUGACAAGACUACAGAGAAAGCGGCGCUUUCGUGUAACAUGCUAUGGUCUCAACGCCCUUACGAGGUAGUGAUGAGUUUCACGCGCUCUAAGCCCGAACCUAAGCUAUAG